AGUUGACAUCGUCGACUUUGGUGAGGCGCGCCGGGGGCGACACGCACACGUAAUUUUCUUAUGGGAACUUUUGCCGUUUGCCCCCUUCGUCUAAAAGGAUAAUAACCUAAACGCAGAGUUUAUAUUACUAGCAUUCGUUUGCAAAAAAAAAAAAAAAAAUGCUGGAUCCUUGGUUUUAUUAUUGGUUCUUUUUCACUUGGUGGUCCGUUAGGUAAUAGAAGCUGGAUUUUUUUUGCAACGCUACUUGCUGACCAAAAAUAAGUUAAUUAAUCCUUCCAGAGACUCAAGAUCCUGCGAUAUUUAAUUGGAUCCGUUUGUAAAACGAGGUAAAAUCGCAUUCUAAUGCCCAGCUAACCAGACUAGCUGGUCAGCCGGGGCUUGCUGCGCCCAAGCCGGGCGAAGAUUGACGCUGCUCGGUGUCAUCUAACUGAAGAGGAUCUAGUUUAUUAGGCGACAAUGCUUGAAAUAAUGUCCGAGCACCAAGAUUCAUUACUGAAGUGCAAAGCAGAGACUCUGCCAUCAGAGAAAAGAAAAAGGACAGUGGAGGACUUCAACAAGUUUUGCAGUUUUGUUCUUGCAUAUGCAGGUUACAUCCCUUCUCCAAAGGAGAUUUACCGAGUGCAACCCAGGAGUGUCCAGUCCUUCUCCUGGAAGGCCACAGUCCUGCAGAAAUUGGAUCCAACCCUAAUUAAACACAUCUGCACCAAGGAAAGGCCAUGGUCGGCAGCAUCCUCCAGUUCUCCAAAUAACUCUGGUGCUUCAGGAGAAGGCAGUGUGUUAGGUGGAGCGAGUUCUAACAUGGCUCCCAGCUGGAGUCACGGCACGUCAGACUUGCACACCAUCCACACCUUCGUUCGCAAGGCUCGUGCCAAUAAGAGCAACAAGAGUAUGCGGCGUCUCUCAUCUGACAGCACCCUGAUGGACAAAAUGCGUUUAAAAGACUCUUUCUAUGAGGACCAAGUGGCCAGCAAAGCUGAACGCAAAAAGGACAAGAAGCUGAAGCGUCUUUCUCUAGGUUCAGGCGCUGGCAGUAGCAGUAGCAGUGGUGGCGAGAAACGUGCAAGAAUCAAGCGCAGUAAAAACCCCAAACAGUCCAAAGCCCUUAAGAAGCUUAAGAGCUCGGCCCACAGCGAGUCAGACUCUGAGAAUGGUCUCGGCCAUGAGGAGGAGCAUUCGGACCCGGGAGCAAUGACUGAGCGCAGACUACAGGCACAGGUGAAAGAGGAGAAGGAGGAGGCCACCCAAGAGGCAGACAUGAGCUCCAGUGAAGGCGAGACUUGGAUAGCAGAUGAAGACAUAAUGGUGGAGUCAGGGGACGAUUCGUGGGAUUUAAUCACCUGUUACUGCGGUAAACCCUUUGCAGGACGGCCCAUGAUUGAAUGUAGUCAGUGCAGCGUGUGGGUGCACCUCUCUUGCGCCAAAAUUAAGAAGUCUAAUGUGCCUGACAUAUUUAAUUGCCACAAAUGCAGAGACUCUCGGCGGUCAAGUCAGAAAAAAGACACUUAGAUGAGGGUGUUCAUUCCCUCCAAGGUCUGAAUGUUCCCGGUUCUCCAGUUUUUGUAUCUGACACCAUUUUCAGUUUCAAAAUCCUUUCUUUUUUUGUUUUUACUUCCUUUGCAAUUCUAGUUUUGGCAACUAGUUACCCAUUACGUUUUGCAGUCAGAGGUCUCAAAUACAGAUGGAGAAAUCAUGUUUGAAUUAAUUUCUUACCUCCUGAGUUGGUAUUUGACCACGAGUAGUUUGAAUUGAUGUGACGGCUCGUUUGUAAGCUAUUUGUAAACCAUCCCUUUGUCACAUCAAAUUGACAUUUGUUUGAAAUGAUUGGCUUGCAUAUUGGGUAAUAUUGGGCACUAUUUUCCUUUGUGGGAAAAGUUAGAGGGCACCGUUUCAACCCUACAGUUUCCACAAAUGUAUACUAUAGUGGUUGUAUUGAUAGUACAAUUGAAAAGAGACUAAAACUAAACACAUUACUGAAAUACGUUGUCAUGAAUUUGCCAAAGAUAUGAUAUGAAAAUUCAUUAUUUCUUAGUGAACUGUCCAGUUGAUAAUUUUUUGUUUAGUUUGGAUAAAUGGCUUUUUUUGAAGAAUAGUAGAUGUAUUGUGUUAGUCUGAAUGCCUUUUCCUGUUGGUGAUCAUACACCUUUUUAAUUGCUGUUUGUCACACCCAAAUGAACUUCAGUCAGCUAGCUAUAUUAGAUCAAAUAUAAAGAGCUAUACGAGUCAUUUAAGCAGGGAAUCCUUUCAGUUGCAUUAAUUUCUUCUAACUCUACUGGUAAUGUACAGUAUGUUAACCCAUGUACUUUGUCAAAGAAUCUAUCAGAACUGUUCAGUCUUUAAUCACUUGCACAACAUAGUGUUAUUUUUUUCAAGGUGUUCAAAGAUUUUUGGAAGAUUUCUGUUUAAGAUGUGAAGGCUAGAUUUAGGAUCUUUGCUGAAGCUGUCCUCGAAUGGAGCGGUUGUAAUUGUUUUCAGGAAUUAUUUGGGGGUUUUAAAACUCUGAGAACUGGUUAAGAUUACUCAUUUAUGCUAAGAGCUCUUUCAUUUGAAUUAGUUUGGAGACUAUUGUUUGGAUUUUUUUUGUUUGUUUGUGAAGCAAGGGGGACUGGAAAGCCCCAUAAACCGAACAUCUCUUGCUUAAUGUUUCAGUCUGUAAAUAGCACAGAUUUUGAGAAGUGUACAUAUGUGAAAGUGAAGAGAAAAGCAAAGCAAAAGGUAUAUUUUUUGCAUCUGAUAUCGUUUUCUUUAACUACCUGAAGAAAUAAAACUUUUCUUUAUUGGG